AUGGUGGUGACAGGCUCUGCCCGAGGCAGCGGCGGGGACCGCGCGCCCUCCCGGCAGCGGGGCUGCGGACUCGCGCCGGCCGGGGCCGCGGCGCUGCUGGCCGGGGCGAGCUGCCUGUGCUACGGCCGCUCCCUGCAGGGCGAGUUCGUGCACGACGACGUGUGGGCGAUCGUGAACAACCCCGACGUGCGGCCCGGAGCCCCGCUCCGCUGGGGCAUCUUCACCAACGACUUCUGGGGCAAGGGCAUGGCCGAGAACACCAGCCACAAGUCCUACCGGCCGCUCUGCGUCCUCACAUUCAAGCUGAACAUAUUUUUGACUGGCAUGAACCCAUUCUACUUUCAUGCGGUGAAUGUGAUUUUACACUGUCUCGUGACUCUUGUCCUGAUGUACACCUGUGACAAAGCUGUCUUCAGGAACCGGGGACUUGCUUUUGCUACAGCGUUGCUUUUUGCUGUGCAUCCUGUUCACACAGAGGCGGUGGCUGGAAUUGUUGGCAGAGCCGAUGUGUUAGCAUGCCUGUUCUUUCUGUUGGCCUUUCUCUCCUACAAUAGGAGUGUGGACCAGCAUCAUGUUGGGGAAUGUUUCCCUCCCACCACUUCUCCCUUCUUCUUGCUGCUCAGUUUGUUUUUGGGGACCUGCGCGAUGCUGGUGAAAGAGACAGGCAUCACGGUGUUCGGAGUGUGCUUGGUUUAUGAUCUCUUUUCCCUAUCCCACAAGCAAGAGAAAUCGAGCAAUGGGGUCAUCCAUCAGUGCAGCCCUCAGCAGCCUUCGAACCCUCAGCCCCCCUCGCUGCCUGUGCACGCUCACCGGGAGAAUGGGAAGCAGCAUCGAUUUCCUCACCGAGGAGCUUGGGGUGGCUGCCACGCCCCAUCGCCACCAGAACCCAAGAGCAGUGGAUUCCCAGUGUCUCCUCGAGCUGUGUGGUCCAUGAUGAGGUAUCUGACAGCAAGGAGCAAUAGAAAUUUCCUGCUUACCAUGAGGCCAUUCUUAAAAAGGGCCACUUUGGUCAUAAGUUAUGUGAUUGUUGUUUUGUACUUCCGUCUGUGGAUCAUGGGAGGAUCUAUGCCCCUCUUUUCAGAGCAGGAUAAUCCAGCUUCAUUUUCGCCUUACAUUCUUACGAGGUUCCUUACCUAUUCCUACCUCUUGGCCUUCAACGUGUGGCUUCUGCUUGCACCCGUUACUCUAUGCUAUGACUGGCAGGUCGGCAGUAUUCCUCUGGUAGAGACCAUAUGGGACGUGCGGAACUUAGCCACCAUCCUUCUGGCAGUUGUCAUGACCUUAUUGAGCCUUCAUUGUUUAGCAGCCUUCAAGAGACUGGAGCACAAGGAAGUGUUAGUGGGCUUGUUGUUCCUGGUUUUCCCGUUCAUUCCAGCCAGCAAUCUCUUCUUCAGGGUGGGUUUUGUGGUGGCCGAGAGAGUCCUUUACAUGCCUAGCAUGGGCUACUGCAUCCUUUUUGUGCACGGAUUGAGGAAGCUCUGCACUUGGCUGAAUCGAUGUGGGGCCACCACACUGACCGUGUGCACUGUGCUGCUAUUAUUGCUUUUCUCCUGGAAAACUGUGAAGCAGAAUGAAAUUUGGCUGUCAAGAGAGUCCCUGUUCAGGUCUGGAGUUCAAACCCUGCCCCACAAUGCCAAGGUUCACUACAACUACGCCAAUUUCCUGAAGGACCAGGGUCGGACCCGGGAAGCGAUCUACCACUACAGAACGGCCCUCAGGUUGUAUCCUCGCCACGCAAGUGCCCUGAACAACCUUGGAACACUGACGAGAGACACAGCAGAGGCAAAGAUGUACUAUCAGAGGGCUCUCCAGCUAAAUCCGCAGCACAACCGGGCUCUUUUCAAUCUUGGAAAUCUCCUUAAGUUCCAGGAGAAAAAGGAAGAGGCUAUCUCCUUACUGAAGGACUCCAUUAAAUAUGGUCCCGAGUUUGCAGAUGCGUAUUCUAGCUUAGCUUCAUUGUUGGCUGAGCAGGAGAGAUUUAAGGAGGCUGAGGAGAUAUACCAGGCUGGAAUAAAGAACUGUCCAGACAGCUCAGACUUACACAACAACUAUGGGGUUUUCUUAGUUGAUACUGGCUCUCCAGAGAAGGCAGUGGCCCAUUACCAACAGGCCAUCACACUCAGCCCAAGUCAUCACGUGGCCAUGGUGAAUCUGGGGAGGCUCUACAGGUCCUUGGGAGACAACAGUGUGGCUGAAGAAUGGUACAAACGGGCCCUGCAGGUGGCACGCAAAGCUGAGCUAUUAUCACCUCUGGGAGCGCUGUAUUAUAACACGGGCCGCUAUGACGAGGCCCUGCAGGUUUACCGAGAAGCUGCGGCACUUCAGCCUUCUCAAAGGGAGCUCCGCCUGGCCCUGGCUCAGGUUUUGGCCGUGAUGGGUCAGACAAAAGAAGCUGAGAGGAUGACCAACCACAUCGUGUCAGAAGAGACCGGAUGCCUUGAAUGCUACCGCCUGUUGUCAGCAAUCUACAGCAAGCAGGAGCACCACGACAAGGCACUCGAUGCUAUAGACAAGGCUCUCCAGCUGAAACCAAAGGACCCAAAAGUCAUAUCUGAACUUUUUUUCACAAAAGGAAACCAACUAAGAGAGCAGAAUCUUCUGGAUAAAGCUUUUGAGAGCUAUAAAGCCGCCGUGGAGUUAAAUCCAGAUCAAGCACAGGCCUGGAUGAACAUGGGUGGAAUCCAACACAUCAAGGGAAACUAUGUGUCUGCAAGAGCUUAUUACGAGAGAGCCUUCCAGCUGGUUCCAGAUAGCAAACUGCUGCAGGAAAAUCUCGCCAAGUUGGAUCGCCUAGAGAAACGAUUACAAGAAGUUCGAGAAAAGGAUCAAACGUAGCAGCGUUUGACCCAGUCUUGAGGAACAGUGCUGGUGCCUCUGGAAGAGGAAGAAGAGAUGGAGGCCUUUACCUCAGCAGGGGCACAACAGAGAAGCCUUCCGCUCGCUCGCUCUGAGUUCAGGGAGGCAUGUUUUGGGACGCCUGCUGGUAACCCUGUGCUGAGGGACUCGCAUUUCCCUGGAAGAAGAAAGAGCAAGCAAGGGCUAGGUCUGAGAGAAAGUAAAACAACUACUACACAUUUUGCAGAUUUUUGUUGGCUUUAAUUCCAGGUCUCCCUUCAUCUAUUUAUCUGCUUUUCUAACCUAAGAAUCUAAUUCCAUCUCUUAAUGUAGACUUUUAUGUCCCAGAAAUACAGAGGCUUGAAAUGCUGUGAAGGCAGAGCAGCUCUUCUUCAUGAGAUGAGAUAUGUCAAAGAGGGAAAAAAAUCUCUGGGAUAAACCAUUUGGGUAAUUCCACCAAGAGGUAGCUCAUUUAGUUCUCCAGAACUAGAGAUGAGUGGCUGAUAGUUUUUGUAGAAUCUUCUGGAAUGUAUGGGGGAAAGGGCUGUUGCUAAGUGAGCUUUGUCUAAUAUUCCCCUGAGGAUAUUGCUAGAGCCCAAUUGAAGAGUGAAUUAAAUUCCACUCUGAUGCAAGCUUUUCCCAUUGCCUGAGAUAUCAAAAAGGAAGCUUCUGGGAUUGUGUAUGGGUGUUCUUAUCCCUGGGGGAAAAUCAAGGAUCUUGGUACCCCUAAUUCUUUAUGGAAAUGUUUAAGAUUAUUUUAAUUUUAUUACAAGUAUUACUAGAGUAGUGGUUCUGCUCUAAGAUUUCAAAAGUGCUUUUAGAAUCAUAAAUGUUUCUGACUCCACAUAUAUUGUUAUUUCGGUGGAGAAAAAAACAGUAUAUUCUACAUGAGAAAUAUUAAAGAUAUUAACUAAGAGAAAUGUUCUACUUUGUUAUCUUAACAUUCAGUCAUCCAGAGAUUUAUUAUUUUUUUGAAAACUAUAUUUAACCAUUGAAAAAUCUGUACAAUAUAUCACAAAAAUCUUCAUAGAUUAUAAACAGAUGAGAGGAGUUCUAUUGAUUUGUCUACUGAGGCUUAAUGAGAAUUCUAUGCUUUAGAACAUGAAUGAUGGAAAUCCGGAAUUCUUGGUUCUGUAUUUAUAAUUUUGGAGAUUUCAUGGAGAAUACUCAAAAAAUCUAGGGGAGAAAAAAGUAAAUUCGUUAUUAUAAAAUAUAUAUUUAUAUUUAAAAGAUAGAGGCCAGCAAAGUUGAACUUACAAUUUGACAUUUGU